CGAUGAACAUAGGAGAGGAGAGGAGAGGAGAGGAGAAGACUUGCUAGUGGACCUAAAACAGCAACUUAAAAACUACUCACCAUAUUAUCUUCUUCUUCUUCUUCUUCAUCGUCUUCCUUUGCUGCCUUCUCAACUAAAGCAGAUUUGUUUUUUUUCUUUUUUUGAAGUAACCAUUUUUGGCGACAAAAACUAAAGAAAAUUAAAAAUGAGUGAAGAUCCCCAGAAACUCAAGAAAAUUGCUGCGGCCGCCUACGAUUACGAGAACGAUCCCAGAUGGGCUGAUUAUUGGUCCAAUAUCUUGAUUCCUCCUCACAUGGCUUCUCGCUCUGAUGUUGUUGAUCACUUCAAGCGCAAGUUCUACCAGCGCUAUAUCGAUCCUGAUCUUGUGGUAGAGGCUAUGUCAUCAAGUGCACAAACAGGGUCAGCAAAACCAACUUCAUCGUCAGCCUCAUCAUCGGUAGCAAAUGGUGAAGCUCGAGCGUUCAGUGCAGGCUCAACAGCUAGAACUUCAGGGCCAUCAGCAGGUUCAGGUUCAAAUGCAACUUCUCUGCGCUGGGAUCGGCACACAAUACAAUUUUCUGUCAAUGCUUGGGUUUUUAUUGUGGCUGUGCUUGCCAUCUUUCCACUUGUCCCUAGAAGUCUUUCAAAUAGGGCUUACCGGCUUUCAUUUAUGGGCACUGCUUCUUCUUCUGUAUACGCUUUGUAUGCACUAUAUGGGAGGCCAAGGGCAUGGACUUUACAAGCUGUUCAAGUGUAUUUUCAAUCAGUAAUUGCAACCAAAGAUUUUAUCUACUUUAUCUACUGCCUUACAUUUGUCACUUCACAUCUUUGCCUUAAAUUUGCUUUGAUUCCCAUUUUAUGCCGAUCACUCGAAUGCAUUGCAAAGUUCUUAAGGCAUAAUUUUAGUCGUUCUACCUUGUACAGGAAGUAUUUGGAAGAUCCUUGUGUGUGGGUAGAAUCAAACAACACCACCCUGAGCAUUCUAUCAUCACAUGCUGAGAUUGGACUUGGCUGGCUUCUAAUUUUUUCCUUGUUCUCGUGGCAACGCAACAUUGUACAAACUUUCAUGUACUGGCAGCUGUUGAAGCUUAUGUACCAUGCUCCUGUUACCGCUGGUUACCACCAAAGUGUGUGGGCGAAGAUCGGGAGGACUAUUAAUCCACUUAUCCUGCGUUAUGCACCAUUUUUGAACACUCCGGUUUCUGCAAUUCAGAAAUGGUGGUCCAGAUAGAAGUAAUAUACAAAGAAUUCUUUGUUCGUUUUCUAGCUUUUUUUUUUGGGGGUGGGGGGGAUAAAAUGAAGUUCUAUUCCAACAUCCAAAAUGCAAGAUAAACUUGCUACAUGAGAACUAUGGGUACUGCCUUACAAGUUACAAUCUACUACAACAUUGAACAUCGACAGCAGUGUAUGUGAUAAUUCCUACAACCCUUGAAUUGAGUCUCACAAUAUUAGCAAUAAUAAUAAGGAUAAUCUGAUAUGUUUGGCAUUUCAUUGAA